AUGGGCUUCAUACCUAUGGAAGAUGCACUUCUUCCUAAUGCGCCAAUCAAUGCAUUCGAAAUUGCGCCAAAAGAGACAAAUCCCAGUAGCUUCAGCUCUUUUGAAGUUGCGCACCUUGCCAUGGACCAAAACACCACCCCAACCGGCAUGAAGGAAGAGAUUGUUUUGCUAUCGUGGCUCAUGGUACUUCUAAGAAGCCGGGAAGACAGCCAAAUAUCCUACGACUGGUCUUACGUGGGGGGCACAGAUGGCAUUAAGCAAGAAGCUGUGAACAAACUGUCGAUGAAUGAAGUAAUGAAAGGAUUACAAAGUAAUGUCGGAGAAGUGGCAACUGCAAUUUCUCAAAAUCUUCCGACAGGUGCCUCAACUGGUGCCUCGAUUAUUCUUAGCACAAGUGCACUUUCGCGGACUUCCGAAGUAGUUAAAGAUGAAGGCGCUAUUCAUCUGGAAGUUCGCUUCAUUAAUUCCAAUCUCGAGAUUCGCCCGGUGUGGCAAACAGAGAACAUGCUGCCGUACACAGUGAACCACCAUGUUGAGGCAUUGGCAGACACUGUCAGGGUAUGUCUCAUAAAUCCUGAUGCAACCAUUGAGCAGUGCCUCCGGCCAACUGCAAGUGAUCUGAACGACAUUUGGAGCUGGAACAACCAAUUACCACCUACAUACAACUUCUGCAUGCAAGAUAUGGUUGCCGAACGAGCUCGCGAAUACCCAGAUAAGGUCGCAAUUGAUUCGUGGGAUGGCAGCCUGACUUACGGCGAGGUCGAUACGUGGUCCAACUCCGUCGCGUUGUCCCUAAAAGAAAUGGGCGUCGAACUACACGAUGUCCUUCCCGUCUGCUUCGAGAAAUCCAGGUGGACAAUUGUCGCCGUACUUGGAGUAAUGAAGGCAGGUGCAACUCUUGCACUCAUGGACCCAACCCUCCCGCUUGCUCGUCUGCAGAACAUGGCGGUACAGGUCGGCGCAAAGUCGAUGGUCGCAUCCCGCAAUCAAUACGAGCUGUCAUUGACGAUUCUGCCAAAUGGCAAGCACUUUGUUGUUGAGGCAGAGGCAUUCACAAACCUCCCUAGCUCCCUACCAAUCUCAGAUCUCCCCGCUGUACCAUCAUCCGCUCUCAUGUACAUUAUCUUCACCUCUGGCAGCACAGGCACACCAAAGGGAGUGAAGAUCUCUCACGAAACAUAUACCAGCAGUGCAAUUCCUAGAGCGAAGGCAGUUGGAUACACCCCGGAAUCGAGAGUACUCGAUUUUGCUUCCUACGCUUUCGACGUUAGCAUUGAUAGUAUGCUUCUGACCCUCGGAAACGGCGGCUGUCUUUGCAUUCCCUCUGAUGAGGAUCGUCUCAACGAUAUCAACGAGGUCAUCAGAAAGAUGCGGAUCAACUACGCAGGUCUGACUCCCUCAGUGGGCCGAAUCCUGGAUGCGGAUGUCAUUGCAUCACUCAGUGGUCUCGGCUUAGGAGGUGAGGCAGUCUCGGCAAGGGAUGCCAACCACUGGGGAAAGGAAACAAGGAUUAUCAUUGGUUACGGCCCUUGCGAAUGCACCAUCGGUUGUACAGUCAACAGCAGCGCUGCAACUGGCAGAGACUAUCUCUCUAUUGGUCCUGGCAAUGGAGCAGCCAUUUGGAUCGCCAACCCCAACGACCAUAAUGAGCUUGUGCCGGUCGGUGCCGUGGGCGAGCUGCUUGUCGAAGGCCCAAUUGUCGGACAAGGCUACUUGAAUGAUCCCGAGAAGACUGCUGCUGCUUUCGUCAAUGAUCCUCCAUGGUUGGUUGCAGGCCACAAAGAAUACGCUGGUCGUCGGGGCCGUCUGUACAAGACUGGAGAUCUGGGAAGAUAUGACCCCGAUGGACUGGGUGGUAUUGUCUUCGUUGGACGAAAAGAUACCCAGGUCAAACUCCGUGGACAGCGCGUUGAGCUUGGCGAGAUCGAAAGUCAACUCAGUGCUGUGCUGCCUUCUGAAGCUAAUGUCAUUGCCGAAGUGAUUACGCCUAAAGACUAUGGUGGCCAGGCAAUGCUGGUUGCAUUUGUUGCAUUCCAACCCAAGGGACAUGGACAAACAGAGCUUGCCUUGGAUGAAAUUUCAAGCGAGUUGAGUAGCACAUUGUCAAAUGCCAAUGUGGAAGUGGCAAAGACUUUGCCGCGCUACAUGGUGCCAACGACUUACAUCCCGGUUAACCUGAUCCCCGUGUUGAUUUCAGGCAAGACUGAUCGCAAGCAGCUCAGAGCAUUUGGCGCAACAGUGGAUCUGCGCCAGCUCGAUCAAGGCGCAGCAAGCACUGCGUCUCGUGAGCUGACUGAGCUAGAACAGCGUCUUCGACGAGCCUGGGCCGAGGUACUCAAGCUUGAAGCUGAGGCCAUUCGCCCCGAUGACAACUUCUUUGCAUUGGGCGGUGACUCUUUGGCAGCAAUGAAACUUGUGUCUGUUUGCAGAACACAAGAGCUCGAUCUCUCUGUCAUUAGUACUUUUGGAAACCCCACUCUUUCAGCGAUGGCAAACAUCGUUCAGCCUUGCAGCUCGGAGACGGACGUAGAAAUUCCAUCAUUCUCAUUGAUCUCUCAAUCGGUUGAGAGCGCCCGUCUCGAAGCAGCACAGGCCUGUGGAGUGGAUCAGGCCGAUGUUGAAGAUAUCUACCUCUGUACCCCCACGCAGGAAUCAUUGUUCACCUUCUCGCUCAAAUCGAACAAGGCAUACAUUGCCCAGAGAGUCGCAUGUAUACCUCCCCACAUUGAAACCGAUGACUGGAAGAAGGCAUGGGAGAUGGUGGUCACAGCAAGCCCCAUCUUGCGCUCCCGUCUGGCACCGCUCCAGGAUCCAGGCCUUCAGCAAAUUGUCUUGAAAGAAGGCAUCUCUUGGAGAUACGCUACAGACCUGGAGCAGUAUCUGGCGAACGAUCGAAGCGAGCGAAUGAACCUUGGCCAAAGCUUGGCCCGGUACGGCAUUGUGACCAGCGUAACUGAUGGCAAGCGAUACAUGAUCUGGACUGUUCACCACGUCCUCUACGAUGGAUGGUCAGAGCCGAUUGUCCUGAAACAGGUCAGCGAUGCCCUUCAAAACCAGUCUGUCGAGAUCCAGGCACAGAUGCGCAACUUCGUCAAAUAUGUGCGCGAUACAAAUGAGACUGCCAUGCACGAGUUCUGGCGACGGGAACUGAAAGGUGCUGUUGGUCCCCAAUUCCCCCGUCUACCAUCACGAGACUUCAUGCCAACGCCUAGCGGUCUAAUUGAACAUCAAAUUGCUCUCGAGGCGGGUGCCGGAUCACCCUUCACAAUGGCAACUUUGAUCCGCGGUGCUUGGGCCUUGGUCGCAUCGCAGUACACGGGCAGUGACGAUGUCGUAUUUGGCGAGACUCUCACUGGUCGUGAUAUUCCUCUACCAGGUGUCGAGAGUAUUGUCGGACCACUCAUCGCGACAAUCCCCAUCCGAGUCCAGGUCCGCCGUUCAAGCUCGGUUGAAGAUUAUCUGCAGACUGUUCAGCAAGCCGUCUUGGCCCGUACACCCUACCAGCAUAUGGGAAUGCAGAACAUCAGGAAGGUCAGCCAAGAUGCCCAGUAUGCAUGUGAAGCCGGUACAGGCCUAGUCAUUCAGCCUGACCCUGAAUACGUGGGUAGUGAACUUGGAUUUGAACUUGGAGAUGUUGUGCGUGAAGCUCUCCACUUUAAUCCAUACCCGCUCAUGGUGGCAUUUGGCAUUCGCAAGGGUGGUCUCAGAGUCUGCGCAAGCUUUGACAGCAGCCUGAUCGAAGGUUCGCAGAUGCAGCGGAUUCUUGCCCAAUUGGAAACCGCCUGUGUGCAGCUCUCUCGCGGCCUCGACAAGAGGGUUGAUGAAAUCUCCUGUCUUCCUGAGACUGAGGUGGACCAGAUCUGGCAAUGGAACCAGGCUCCUCCUCUGUCUGUUGACGAGUCAUCUGGCAAUCUCCGGGCCCACGUGAGCGUCAAGCAAGGAUUGGUCUAUCCUCGUGCUGUGAUUCCUUGGGUGUGUAACGCACGAAACCCAGCUCUUCUGUCCCCAAUUGGUAGCGUUGGGGAGCUUUGGCUUGAGGGUGCCUGUCUUUCCGGUGAGACAUUUGAGUCUCCAGCCUGGCUCGUGGCUGGAAGCUCUGGAUGUGCCGGUCGAACAGGUAAGGUUCAGCCCACAGGCGAUAUGGUUCAACUACAAGACGAUGGCAGUCUGAUCUUUGUUGGCCGAAAGGAGAAUGUUGUGCCGCUCCAGGGCCACGCCGUGGAUAUCGCGGACCUUGAAAGCCAUUUCGCAAAGCACCUCCCACCAUCAACUCGCGCCGCUGCAUCGGUAUUCCAGCCGUUGAGGGAUGGAAAUCAAAAGGUGACAGAACAAGAGCUUGUCGUCUUCGUCGAGAGCCAGCCGUCCCAGGAGGAUAAUGUCAAAGUCAUGGGAGAGAAGCAUGAAAUAGCCGGUGAAGGAACAAUUAUCUGUGAUACCGUCUCUGUUACUCUUGCUGUCUCACUCAAGAAGCUCGACAAAUACAUUCGAGACUCGUUGCCUUCGUACAUGGCUCCCUCUGCCUAUGUUGUGGUUGACAAGUUGCCUGCUGGUUUGGAGCAACUUGACCACACUUUGCUCAACCAAUUUGCUACAAAAAUCCCCCAAAGCGUUCUUGAUCAGCUUCGUGAAGGCUUCAAGGAGGCAUGGAUAAAGGGGUUGGCACAGACAAAUCUUUCGCCCACCGAGAAAAUCCUGCAGUCCGCUUGGGCAAAAAUCCUUCGAUUGAGCCCUGAACAGAUUGAUGUUGACGACAACUUCUUCCGUCUGGGAGGCGACUCUGUCUUGGCAAUGAAGCUGGUGUCAAGCCUCCGAACAGAAGGACAUGGCCUGUCAGUGGCCGAUAUUUUCCAGUACAUGCGGCUGGGCGAUGCUGCCAAGGUGCUGAAGGUUGACCAGGCGAAGGAAAGUGUACAGCCUUACAAGCCUUUCGCUGCCCUGAGCAAUCUAGACGUCAAGAUGUUUUUGACCUCGACUGUGCGGCCCAAGCUUGCGAACCCCGGGUGGCCAGUUCAGGACGUCUCUCCAGUCACGGAUUCCCAAGCACUCGAUGUUAGGGCAACCAUUGGAGCAUCGCGCACAUCAUAUCAAUACACAAUGCUAUACUUUGACCAGAGAAUCAACUCCGAGCAGUUGUUGCGUGCUUGCAAUGACUUGACCAAGACCCACGAUAUUCUGCGCACCGUGUUCAUUGAACACGAGUCAAGCUUCCUUCAGGUUGUGUUGGAAGAAGCGUAUGCACCCGUAUCCAUGCACAAGGCAAACAAAGAGAUUGAGACGUACGUCGCUGACCUCUGCACGGCCGACAUCGAAUCAGAUUUCGAGCUCGGAUCACCAUUCUUCAAGCUCUUCCACGUCGAAGGCGACGAUGGAAAGCAUUGCCUUGUCCUAGGACUCUCGCACGCCCAGUACGAUGGUGUCUCGCUACCAAAGCUCCUUCAAGACCUGGAGACAUUGUACGCCGGAGGUAAGGUUGUCGACUUCGAGCCAUUUGCUUCGUACAUGGCCCGCAUUUCCGACGGACGCCUCCAAACCCAAGCGGUCAACUACUGGAGCAACCUGCUCCAGGACUCAUCUUUGUCUAUUCUCGAUGGAACUACAGCCCCCCAGCUUUCAGACAAGGCCAUCUUCCACGAUAAGACUGUUGAAAACUUCCAACCUGUGCCAGAGAUCACCACGGCCAAUGUGCUCACCGCAGCCUGGGCAUUAGUCCUCGCCCGCCGCCUCAGCAAGCAAGACGUUACAUUCGGCACAGUAACUUCUGGCCGAACAAUUGACCUUACAAACGUGGAGAACGUGGUGGGCCCUUGCUAUCAGCUCACCCCCGUUAGAGUGAAGUUCGAGUCCCAGUGGACAGCAAUGGACCUUUUGCGCUUUGUGCAGAAGCAAUGCGCUGAAUCCGCGGCCCAUGAUUUCCUUGGGUUUGACAAGAUCUCAAAGCAAUGCGCGCACUGGUCACCUGAGAUGUGCUCAUUUGACUCCAUCGUCCAUCACCAGGAUUGGGAAGAUUUCGAUGAUAUGCCUUUCGCUGGAUCAUCUGCCAAGGUUGAUAUUUCAAAUCCUCAUGGUGAUGCUGCCUAUCCUCUCAAGGCCGUUUCCUUUGUCAAGAGCGGAAAGAUGCACGUUGGUUUCGUUGCAAGUGAGAGGGAUGCGACCUUUGUGGAUGCUACCCUUGACGAGCUGGCUGCGGCUGUACAAGAGCUGUCAAAGUGCCGUUCCGAGCCUUUGGUCCUUGACGCUUGA